CGACCGAGGAAGAUCUACAACACAAAGUACAAAACCAAGACGACGUCGCCCAGGAGGGACGUGCGUUGUCACCGAUUCGCUCGUUGGAGUCCUCGUUCCGCACCGCCGAGGACACAACUACGCAGGGAAUUCCGCCCGACCUGGAACAAGAUGUUGACUUUCAGAACUUGCCUGCCGAGGUCUUGGCGGACGCUGUCAACAGCAUGGUGAAAAUGCUGCAUCAAAAUUCCUCCGCCGCCGGAGCUACAACUUCCGAGGAGGGUCCUACGGUGAGUCGCACGAACACCGGAAACACUUUAACCCCGAACACGUCUUCUGGAUCCGGGCUGCACAACCUCGAGGCGUCUAGUUCUACUGUACUUGGAAGUAGUGGAGGAGGUGCUACGUCAUCGACGCAAGCUGGACAAAGUUCUUCGCAGUCCCCGCCACAGCAAGAUUGGAGCUCCGCAAGCGUCAAAGCGAAAGCGUCGUUGUGGACCCGCCCCGCCAACGAGCUGCCGAAUGGCGGCCCUGCGCCACCUGCGGGCGCAUCGGCGCCACGGGAGGCCAGCACUGGAAGUGGAGGUCGCAAUAACAUCAUCACGCAAGAAACGAUUCGUGGUCGACGUUACACGGCAAGUACCCCGCCGCGGUCGGGACUGCAGCUUGCAGCUUCGGUGGACCAAUGUGGUGCGGGGCCAGAACAAGGGGCCUUGACGUCGACUGAGCCGCCCCCGCAGCACUUCAACAUUGCCUCCACGGAAAAUUUGCAGAAUAAAGAUUUUCCUACCUCGUCCCGUGUAUCGGUGGCGCCACCUGCUGGCGCUAGUACCGCUGAUGGUACGAGUUCCCCCCAGCAAAUUGCCCUGGAAGAGGUGAAUGCCAGCGCCGCGGCGGAAGUCGGGUUGCAAUUGUUGCAGUUCGCGUUGGAGAGCCAUGUCGGGUCCGCCCAUUUGAACAGCAGCUCCGAAUCGGUUUUGUCUGAAGUUGAAAAAGCGGAGCUGAAGAGAAAACUCUCCGACUCGUUGUUGCAAAUCGACGGACAGCCGACGCAAAAAGCCGCCCACAAAUUCAAGUCUCAGCACCACUCCGCCGGGGCGACGAGUGGCAGCGCGGCGUCGAACUUGUUCGUUAACUCGAACAAUGCAUCAGCGUAUUCAUUUACACUUUCCGUUUCGCUGGAAUGACUCUUUCUUUUGCAAGCAUCUUUUGCGUUGAUGAGACAAGACGUGUUCGCACUUCUCAUGACUAGAAUCAAUAAAAGAAGAUCAUACCUCUUCGUACCCAAUAUAGGAUUUCCCACAACGGCCCGCAUGGCGAGGGGCCACGAGCGCAAGGUUGGCGAUUCCAUUCUCCGUUGAGGAAUCGUCGGGACAAGAGCGACGGUUUUCUGGCGUCGCGCAGAAGCAACAAUGACCCAAACAGCGGGCUUGCAACGUCUUCCUCGCAGGCAGACGUUGACAUGUUGCGUGCAAGAGGGGGCGGAACAAGAACAGCUGGUCCUUUGCACGAAAUCGAGUUGAGUUCUACAAUGGGGCAAGCAGGAGGUGAAAGUCAAGCGGAUCAAGCCGAAGAUGUCACCGGAGCAAACAAUUUGCUCCUCGACACGCAGGAUCGUUGCGAUUUGCUGCCGACCUGCCGGGACUACCUGGCAAAAGCAGUGGACAUUUUGAACCGCAAAACUCCGGUGGGGCGUUGCCAGUUGAUGCACAAGGUCAGCGAGGGCUUAAGCUAUCAAAAUGAAAAAUCCCCCCUCCCCAUAUCGAACCGGAAAUUUCUGUUGCUGGAUUUGUGUACACAAAUCAGCUCUGUUUUGCAGUGGAGGACUGCAGGCCCAUACUAUCAUGCCAAUGUAGAGAGGUCGUUUUGGCCUAGGCAAGUAGCAUGAGGGAUGUCUAUGCUGUAGCGCCCAACAGCAUUACAAACCGCCUGCAUAAAGGGGCGGAGCAUAUGCCGUUGCUUUCUUGCAAGACAGGCGCGAUUUGUGGUCACAAAUCAGCAUCACAAAUUCUCUGAGGCGUGCCCUUUCGAUAUGGGGAGGGGCGAUUACGAUUUUUCUUUACGAUAUAAGCCGCAAGCACUUCAUCCCCAAGGAGCUCGAUGUAUGCAUUGCAAAAGUAUCGUACUAGUACGAAUUGCAUCACAAAUUUUGGCAAUUUAAAAAGUGGAAUUUGUAAUGCUGUUUUACCCUAGGAAGGAGAUUUGUCAUGCAUAUUUUCCAUUAGUGCGACUACGAUACUUUUGCACAGGAUACGACGUUUCCGAAGACGAUUUGCGUCCGGAAUCUCACUAUCAAAUGCAAAAAUGUCUGGGUCUGGAAGUAGAAUGAAACUUGUGAUGCUGAACUUGGAUUCCAAAAAAAUCUGUAUUGCAUGAGCAGCAAAGAGAACGCAAUUUGUGCUACGCGGAGAGGGCAUUUGUCAUGCGGAAUAGGCAUCAAGAAGCCCUCAAAAAAUCUGUGAUGCUAGGGCAUGCAUCACCGACAUCAUGGCUCAUGCAAAACGUGCAUGACAAGUAUCAGAAUCUUCCAGACCCAGACUUUUUUACAAUCCAUACUCACAUGCCCGCGAUGACGCCCUCCAGCCGGAACCGCUGGUUUCAGGUGCUGAACGACCACCCGGAGGACUUCUGGGCACCGCUGCCCAUUUUCGUGCGCCUUGGCGCGGUGAUUCCACAGGGGGAAGAUCCGACCACUGCGAUUCAAACCGUGGAAACGGAGAUUUUGUUCUCCGCGGAUUCGUCCGCGGAACUGAAAACCUUGCUCCGGAAAGCAAUGGACACUGCCGAACUAGAACAAGCGGACGAACAAUUCUAUCCCGGCGAAGAAUUAACGUUGAAGGGCGAUGAGGAAAUGAUGUCUGCAGCUUUGCAACUCGACUUGUUCCAGCGCCAGAGAUCUGCACCGGCCGCCGCUGGAGGUACAGCUAGCAGCUCCAGUGCAACAUCUUCUGGGGCGUCGGCUGUACAACCUAAUUCGACAGCAGCAGGAGCUGCUGGGGCAGUUCAUCAAGCAGCAAAUACAACUGGAGUCGCUGCCGCAGUUGCGCAGCAACUCCAGCUGACCCGUAAUCGGACUCGCAGUUUGCCGCUGUUAGCGGGGGAACAGCAACAAACAGAAGAGCAAGCUGUCACCGAUGCAGCAAACGCCCUCCGCCGAGAGCUCUCGAUCGUCCCGAUGCCUACUUCCGCAUCAUUGCUGCAGCGCUUCGCACUGGCCGGUUUGCACCAGGGGCAUGGCCUGCUGCGCCGCCACUUUCCGGUGCGGUACGGAGCGCUGUUGGACCGGCGGAAUUUUGUCGCCGACGGGUGCCAGUACGUUGCGGACCACUACUUCCUGUCCGCCGCCUACAAGCGCGCGCUGGCACAACUGUACCCGGCGGAGGGCUGCGACGACGAGGCGGAGCGCCUGCCGCGGGUUGCGGGAACGGGCGAGUCGGAAGACAGCGGCAGUCAAAUGCACAACGGAGAUUUCAUGGAACAGCCGGAGGAAGCAGAUAUCGAGGAGAUGAUUAGUGGUGACGUUGGGGGUCCGGUCCUGGGGGAUGCGGUGACGCAAACUUACGAUCGCAGCACUAGCCCACAUACAGUUGCUCCUGGUCUCUCGCAACAGAGGGACCAGUCCGCCGCGCGUGCGGCUGCGACUGCGGACGAGCGCUCUUUAUGCGAGCGCUUUCAGAAUCUUGGCGUUUCCACGACGCGCGGACCACACUCCGUGAACGCUGGCACGCCGAGCGACCCGGAUCAUGCGCUGAGCGACAAGCACGUGCCCGGCUUGCCGAGUUUCUGGCGGGAAACGCUGUGGUGUGUGGGGUUUAAGGCUUUCUGCUCCCUCGCGCCCGCUUUAAAGCACCCGACGGUGACGAAAGCCCUGCAGUUCACCUCGGAGAUUCCGCCGCCGCCGUUCGUGCUCCCGACGAAGGAAGUGGGGAAAAUUAUCACCACCUACAAGUUCGACUAUGCCCGGCAGAAGGAGAGCAAAGACGCCCCCGAAGAGACCGGGCAGGAGGGAACGGAGGUGGUCACCGUGGAGGGAAAUGGAGAGUGGAUUUUCGAGCGCAGCCUGCUCUACGGGCGAACAUCCAGCGGACGGCAGCAGCAGCAGACCCGUAGUUCGCGGUGGAGCUCCUACAGUGUCGUGGUAAACCCGGAGCCGACGGACAAGGAAACGAUGAAAAUCGCCGUCAAAAGCUAUUUGAACGAGGACCCAAGCCGGAAAAUUUACCUGUACGUUCACGGCGGCGCCUUUCUCGGCGCGUCCGCGGCUAACGUGAGGCUGUGGACCUACAACUGGGCAAAACAAAGCAAAAUUGUCCUGUUCGCGGUGGAUUACCGGAAACCGCCGUUCAACUAUGCAUUGCAAAAGUAUCGUACUAGUAGAAAUAGCAUUACAAGUUUUCCCAGAAGGAAAAAUGGAAUUUGUAAUGCUGAAUAAGCUAAGGAACCAGAUUUGUCAUGCAUGACUGCAAUUACUACGAGUGCGAUGCUUUUGCACAGGAUAUCAACGGGGUCACGUUGAAAGAUUCGGUGGCGGACGUGUACGAGGGUGCGUGGAAACAGUACCUGCUGAAAGACUGCGGAAUCGCACCCGACCGAAUUAUCCUCUGGGGCGACUCGGCCGGCGCGUCGCUGGUCGUCUGGAUGUUGGCCCGGAUUGCAAAGAACGCGGCGGCAAAGGAACAAGAGGAGGCAGAGCAAUUGCGACUGUUGAGAGAACAGGAGGCUGCAGCUGCGAUUGCAGCGGGAGAAAAUGAACAAGCAGUGGACAAGAACGCGAUGGUGGUCGAUGCUGGUGAGAUGUUGACAGCGGAACAAGCAAGUGCGAAAGUUGGGAACGACCAAACCGCAGCUUCAUCUGGACCACCAGCUCGAUUGCCUGAAAGCGCUCCCGUAUUCCGUGGUGGCGAGGCGUCGGACUCCGUGUUGGAAGUAGAAUCUUCACAACAGCAAUCACAUCAAGCGUCUGCAGCCACAGCCGGCCCGGCCCCCGCGUCGGGGCGGGGGAAGCGCCAGCCGGGGCUGUUUGUUUUUGGCAAAGGGAAGAAGCCUGAGGAGAAGGUGGCUCCGGCGGCCGUGGUUUUGAUUUCGCCUUGGUUAAACAUCGACUACAUUGGCGAGCAUUCGGUGGUCUUUCCCGGCGAGAAUCAAGUCAACUUCGAAGCGAUUGCGGCGCGAGGGUUGGACGUGUUCGAACCAAGCAUGAUGACCAUGGCCGCGAGCACGGCCCAGGGGAAGACGUACGCGCAACAGGGACAACACCAGCAGACUGCGCGAGGAAGCGGGUCCUCGCGUCCGGCCCCAAUGCUACAAGACCAGCAAGAAGAGUCCACAGCCCCCGCGCAGCCAACGGGGUCAAGUGCAACGCCGACGACGCGACAGGAAUCGAGAUUGUCGAUGACAUCCUUGAUGGCAAACUUCCUCGCUUCGCGACGCGGCGCACCCGCGCCGCCGAAUGUUACACCCGAAUCGAAUCGGUCGCCCGAUAACCAACACGAUAGCCACAGUCCCCGGCUCAACCGGCCUCUGCGGCGACUCGGAACAAGCGAGACGCCGGGUCCGCUCUCGCCUGCCGCGCUGUCUCUGGACUCGGCCGAGGAACUGAUCCCGCACGAAGCCGAGCUGGACGAAGAGGCCGAUCCGAUUCUGCACGCCGGUGUCAUCGCCGCCUCGCCGGUGUUCCGACACCUCCAGCUGUUGAUGCAGAUUGGCGGCCGUGAGUUGCUCAUUGACGACGGAAUCGAUUUCUGGCGCAAGCUACGGCACGUGAAUCCGAAGAACGCAGCGAACUACCGACUGGAGAUCUACGACGCGACGCACGCACACACGCCUUUCAUGCUGUUCCUGGACCACGCCUUGGCCAAGGUAGCACUGAACAGAGCAACGGAGUGGCUGGCAAAAUUGGACAAGGAAGAUCAGGACGACGUUGGUGCCAUGGCAGCAGAUGAAGAUGGAGAGCAGACUACAAGAGCUGAAUGACUGCUUCGAACCAAGGCCGAGAGCGACCUCCGCAGUCUUUUUAAGUGAAGCCAUCAGGAUGAGCGUUGCUCGAGGCCUUGGAGAAAAAGAAGUAGUAGUAGGUUUAGUUGAAGUUAGGAAUAAAGUGUGUUGCCAGGGCGAGGUUGUAUUUCGAAGUCAACGCACUUCAACUUCUAAUCGAGUUCGUCUGUUUCUUGAUUUUCCACUAAUGGUACAGGUCGUGAGGCCUUUGCUGCACUAUCUGUGCUCGUGCUCCACAGCUCUAUAAUCGUAAAAAAACUGUAUGCAUUUUUCUGGUGCUAUGACAAUGUGAAUAACGAGCUGUACACAGAAUACAAAUCAAAAAUAUCUGCCUUAGCACACUUUACUCAAUGAAACUCAAAACACCAGAAGCCACCAAAUGUAAAUUUCACGAAAGUUUUGCUCGACCGUAACCGUAAGGCAACAUGCAUGUCUUUUUGUAUCUCAGGCCCCGAUAUUUCUUGCCAUUUGACGGGCUUGCUUUACUACUACGAGAAUACAGAAAUCAAAAUCGCAUUCAGGUGGUUCAAUACUAUUUUUAGUACCCCACCCUCGGUCUUAGUGAGUGCGGGACAGAAACAAUCGCAACCAAUGCAUCAACCGAGCCCGGUAAUAUCGCUAUGUGGCUAUUGCAAUGAAGACAUCAACGAAAACAAAUGUACUGUACGUAACAGACCAGAAGCAGAAACACAUGGUACGUCGGUGAGACAAGGCACGCGGCUCCGUACUUUCCUGAAAAGCUACUCUUGAUCCGUUGUGGGCUUGAAGUGGUGAGAAAAAUCCACACCGACGUACCAUAAACUCCAAGCAGAAUCCGGCCGAACUUUUGAUCAUAUUUCUGCUGCUUCUUCAGAAAGUCAGUUGUAAGUCUACAACGGUUUUGACGUUCUUUCUUUUCAAAAA